ACACACACUCACACACAGACACAAAAAAGCAAUAAAACACCAAAGCAGCUGAAACAAACAUUUUACAAUUGUAAAACCGACGAAAAGAGAAAACAAACAACUAGGCACAUUGGUUCCUAAUAUCUUUGGCGCAACUAGAGCAGCAAGGACAACAACGAAACUGAAGGCAAAAUUGCUGCUACUGCGCUGCUGCUGCUGCCGCCGCCGAAGCCAACACUAAUAUGCGUGUGAUUUCGCCGCGUAGAUCGUCAACAUCAGCAGCGGGGGGCAGUGGCAGUCUAUACGGGCCAUCAGGAACCUCAACGUCCAGCAGUAGCAGCGGAACUGGUUCCGGUUCCGCUGGAUCAAACAGCGCCACAAAUAGCGCAUCAACAAACGGUUAUUCCCGCUUCUCCACAUACUUAGAUCGUGGGAGUAGUCUAUCCAAAUUUGGAACCUCAUCCUCACCAUCAUCUACAUCGUCCUCGUCGGCCUAUCACAGUGGCAGCAGUACCAGCGGCUUUGGUAGCAACUACUAUCCCAGCUCCUAUUCCACAUACAAUUCAUCGUCCUAUACACCACGCUCGAGCUUAAAUCAAAGGAGCAGUGUUGGUUCAUCAGCAUCCGCAUAUCUGAGCGGUGGCUCUUCAUCUGGAUCGACAUCCUCGUAUCGCACUAGUUCAUCAUAUUUGAGCGGUUCCAGCUAUGAUACACCUACGUAUGGCCGAUAUGGAGCGCGCAAUAUAACUAGCAGCAGCAGCAGCACCCGCAACAUUUUACCCCCCGUUUCACCCACUUCAAGCCGCUACUGGGACAGGGAUCGGGAUAGCACCGCCACCACCAAUGGCCGUCUAUCAUCAUCAUCUAGCAAAUAUAGUAGUAACAAUGAUGAUGGCAUCAAAAGUUCGAGUGCACGCGAUGAGAAAUCCGACGGUCUUUGUGGUCUGAGAAAUAUUGGAAAUACUUGUUUCAUGAACUCGGUCAUACAAUGUCUGAGUCAUACGACUGAGCUGACGCGCUUCCUACGUACACAUCAUGGCUCACGUUCAUCAUCGGCCACCAAAGAUCAGCAAAUAUUACAUGAAUUUGCAAAACUAAUACAGGAAAUGUGGACGACAAAUGUGCAUACCGUAACCCCCAUGGAGCUGAAGCGUGCCUUUUCCACAAAGCAUCGUAUGUACAGUGAUUUUAAUCAACAGGAUGCGCAGGAAUUUCUACGCUUCUUUUUGGACUCACUGCACUCUGCAUUGAAUACGGGCGUAAAGGGCGGCGAAGCGCUAAACAUUGAUGAUAAUCUCAGCGACAAUAAGAAGGCCGAUCUAACCUGGGAUUGGUAUACCAGGCAUGAGAAUUCUCUUGUACGCGACCUUUUUGUGGGCCAAUUGAAGAGUACAUUGAAAUGUACCACUUGUGGUAAUACCAGCGUUACGUUCGAUCCAUUUUGGGAUCUUAGCGUACCCCUGCCCCCCUCAUCAUCGCGCUGUAAAUUGGAUGCCUGCUUGGAUCUAUUCAUACGAGAAGAAGUCCUCGAUGGCGAUGAGAUGCCCACUUGCUCCAAAUGUAAAACGCGUAGAAAAUGCAAGAAAAGUUUCACAAUUCAACGUUUUCCCAAAUAUUUGGUUAUACAUUUGAAACGUUUCUCGGAGACCCGCUGGAGCAAGCUAUUGAAUGUUGUUGAGUUUCCAACAUCAGAUCGUGAGCUUAACAUGGGCUCCUACGGAUCCAACUCGAAUUCGAGUGUGCAUUACUCGCUCUAUGCGAUAUCCAAUCAUAUGGGCUCGACGGCAGGCGGCCAUUAUGUGGCUCUAUGCAAACAUCCAGAUUCACGCAAAUGGCAUGAGUUUAAUGAUAAUAUUGUAAGCGAUACUUUAUCUGAAAACUUCCUUGUUUCGGCCAGUGCUUAUAUACUUUUCUACGAACGUGCGUAAAGGCAGGCACAAUGGAUCAGCACAGCCGGGCAGGAGAUGUAAAAGAAGCGAAAGUGGACGCAAAAGGACUAAAAGAAACACAUGACCAUCACGACGCUUUGAAGCAAAUGCAAAUGCAAGAAGAUAACAAAAAAAAAAAAGGAAAAGGAAAAAAUGGAAAUUACUUAAUUUAACUAUGCAACAACUAACUCUUAACUCUCAAAAAUGCAAAACCAAAACUAAGAAAAACAACAAAUUAAAAAGGAAUCGAGGCAAUGAUAAAUAAUGAUGUAUAUUAUCUAUAUAUAUAUAUAUAUCUAUAC